CAGCAGUAAAGCAGAGAGCAGGCAGGAGGGAGGAGCCUGAAUAUAAACCAAGCAACCCUCCACACCUUGCAGUCUCAGGAAGUUCCUCUGCAUUCCUGCCAUAUACACACGCAUAUACACAUAGGUAGAAAACUGGGACGAACCACACACUGCAGCUGGGAGUUUGGAGGAGUUGUGGGCCUGCUGUAGGACUGGAGACCAGACCCUCAUCAUCAACGCUCUGACAGUCUCACCAUGAGUAAGGCAGGUGGUGAUGAAGGUGGCACUGGCAGCAGCAGUGAAACAGCAAAGCAGCCAGAGAAUGAGACUCCAGCAGAGAAGGUCCUGAGUAAACCGAGUGCCACCACUAUUGGACCAGGCUGGACUAAAGUUAGUUGCCCCUGCUGUGUAUCGGAGCGGGUCGAGCCGUUGGUUCUGGUGAAACUUGGACAGAAAGUUCGCCCUGAGACAAAAAGGUGGCUCAUCAGACUGAUUGGAAUUCCUCAGAAAGAUGGAGGUGCUGCAUUACUGGCCCACCCGGGCAUGGAUGCCAGUGGUGACAUCAUCAUGGUCUCCGCCCCACGCUGUACGUUACUUAGAGCGACUGAAGAGUUGGGACUAUGUAAGACUUACCGCAACGAGGACAUGGAAGCCUUCUCCUACAACGACAGAGACAACUUUAAAGAUUCAGACAACAUGGAGGUGUUCCUGACCCUGGCGGAGCGGCAGUAUAUAGUGAAGUACGAGUUAGAUGGUCUGAGGGCGCAGAGAGACCUGAGAAUACCCGGCCUGUCUGACAGAUACACACUGCAACACCGAGACAACAUCUGGCAAAAGCUUGGGUCAGCUGGUGUUAUUGUGGACAUGUUUCCCCUCCACAACCCGGGCAAACUGAAGGAUCUCAGUGAAGCCUGGUACUCUGGGAAUCAGCUGGCUCAGCCCCUGGAUUCAGUCAAUGGGUAUUUUGGAAGCUCUGUGGCUUUUUACUUCAGCUUUCUUGAUUUCUACACCUGGUCUCUGCUCCCACCCGCGAUACUGGGCCUGUCCAUCACAUACUUCUCAGGUAAGGUUCCGAAGGAGAUGGAGGAGUCAGUCUCUGGCUCAGGAGUAACAAGUUUUGAAGAUGACUCAGGAUCAGCUGUCAGCGGUCACAUGAUCCAGGCGGUGUUCAGCAUGCUCUGGUCCACAGUGUUUUUGGAGCUGUGGAAGCGUCGGAGCUCCUCCCUGUCCUACCGUUGGGGGACCCUGCACCUUUCAGAACGCUUUGCAGAGCCCCGGCCCGGUUUCCACGGCGACGUCGGGGUCAACCCUGUGACAGGUCGUGUGGAGCCACUCUUUCCUGAAUGGCAGAGGAACCUGCGUAUGGCACUGGUGUCAGUCCCAGUUGUGGGGCUGUUUCUAGGGUUGGUGGUCCUGGGUAUGCUUUGUUUCUACUGGGGGGAGGCCCAGGUGCAACAGCUACACAAAGACUGGGACUCCCUGAUGUCGCAGACUUUGCUCUACAUGCCCUCAGUGCUUCACAUCGUCUAUACAAACAUGCUAGCGACUGCUUACAAGAAGGUGGCACAGUCUCUGACUGAAUAUGAGAACCACAGAGAGGAGUCUGCCUUCGAGAACCAUCUGACAGCCAAAGUCUUGGUGUUCACCUUCUUCAACUACUUUGCAGUGCUCUUCCACAUCGCCUUCUUCAAGCAGGAUGUGCCUUUGCUUCGAAAGCGUCUAGCAUCUUUACUGAUAGUGGCCCAGCUGGUCAACCAGGUGACAGAGGUGGUCAUACCCUUCCUGGUGGACCGGUUCAUCAGCGCCCCCCAUAGAAGAGAGAGUAAAGAUGAUACAGAGGAGGACAAAUUUAGGAACCAAAGCACCCUGCCUGCUUUCCCUGGCCUGUUUGCAGAGUACAUUGAGCUGCUGGUGCAGUUUGGGUAUUUGAGUCUUUUCUCCUGUGUGUAUCCUCUGACGGCCGUGCUGCUGCUCAUCAAUAACCUAACGGAGAUCCGAUCAGAUGCCUACAAGAUCUGCAAACUCUUCCGCAAACCCUUCUCCCCCCCUGUGGCUAACAUGGGCGUGUGGCAGAUAGCAUUUGAGGUCCUGAGUUUUGCCUCCGUCGUGACCAACUGCUGGCUGCUGCUGCUGUCACCAUGGUUUCAAGAGCUGUUUCAGGAGGGCAGGAUGAGCAGCACAAACAUUCUGCUGUUGGCUGUUUUGGUGGAGCAUGUGCUGAUCUUGGUUAAGGUAGUUUUGGCGGUACUGAUCCCUGAUGAACCGGACUGGAUCCGAAAAAAGAGAAUGCAUAUUGAGUACAAAUCCAUGCAGGCCUUGAGACAGCAGAAGCUGCAUUCUGAAGAGUCCUGAUUGCAUUUCAAAGCAUUAAGGUGAUGCUUUGUAGUCCUGUGCUGUCCUGAUUAUUUGACAUCACUGGCAGGCUCAGAAACAGACAGAAUAUUUGACAAAAUGUUUUUUUCUCUAGAGGGGGAUGAGGUGCUGUCUCCUAAGCUACAUUUAGUGUUCAGGAGGACAAUAUCAUCAUUGGAGUGGUUAUCAUAAGACAAAAAGCAGCAAAUAAAUACAUUUAUUAUUUAAUAAAAGUCAGUAAUUAAAGCUGAAAACAGAUGUUUCCCUCAGGAGUUGGUAGAGACCAUAACAGAGCUAAAUGGAGAGUGAGUAUUGGACCUACAUUUGUCAGAUGGCCAAAAACACGACUCCAAAUGAAUGCUAACAUUGCUCUGUGUCUGUUGGAUGUGUAAAUAAGCAACUGAUUGCUAACAAGUUAGCCAUAUCAACUUUAUAAGGGGAUAAUACUGUAAAACUUCAAUUAAAAGCCAAGCCCCAAUUAAACGCAGAGUCCCUUGUGGUUACACGUUUUGACAAAUAAAUCCAUGUCUCAAUCAGAUGCUGGGUCUGGUUUUUAUAGAAGUUCUUUGGAUGUAUAAAACCUCUUAAAGACCACGGUCGCCUGCUUGAGCUAGUUCUAAGCUACUUAAAUCGUGCAUUCAAAUAUAAAUGUUUGACAAAAGUUUUAUAUUUAAAUAUAAAACUUUUGUCAAUAUGGACAUUCUACACAUCGUUAGAUUGGUUAGAUUCUCCACAAUUCAAUUGUCAAGUUAAUUCCUUUAUUCCUUCAUUCCUUAAUUAUUUACCGUAUUUCCCAUAUUUUCUGAGCAAGAGUUUUGUGCAAAAGGAAUUAAAGGCCUGUCCCAUAUAGACGGCUGUCCCAAGUAUAGGCAGGUUGAGUUUAGUGAUUGAAGCAAAUAAAAGCCUGGGCUAUUAAUUGAAGCUUUACGGUAUGUUAAUGUUGGGUUUACAGCUUGUUGUGUUGCGCCUAAGUGGCCAAAAAAAAAAAAAAUCAGUUAUUGCAGCUUUAAUUUCUUUAAUUUUUAAUUUUAAAAAACGUAUUACUUUUUUAACGUUAAAUUUUUGUCCGUGGCUCCAUCAAAUGGAAAAAAACAGCUUGUAAUUUUUUAUCUUAAACUUGCAGUCUGUAUUUUUAGUAAAAGUAAGGUGCCAGCUUAGUUUAGUGCUCAGUCAACUGACAGUUAAAAGAUUUUAGAGAGAGGUGAAGAGAGAGGUGAAGCAUUUUACAGUGGAGUAUUUUACACAUUUCUUUUUAAAUGUUCUACAAUAAUGGGUUUAUUAUCUGUUAUUGUGCUAAAUUCACUUUGACAUUUGCUUCUGGUUGAGCAGUCAGUAGAAAAUGUUGCACUUGUACCCUCCCUUGAUGAUACUGUCCUCUCCUUAAAUAAUCACUGUAUGGUUAUAAGACCACAUGACAUCUGUAACAUGAGAUGAGUACAGUAAACUAUGUGCCGAGAUUCGAUUUGCAGUGAAAGUGAUUGGGAGCUACCAAAGAACCACUCUGUGCUUUGCUAUUAGAAAUUUAUUAUUUUUUUAUGUGUGGAUUUCAUUAUUUACUCACUUGUCUGUGUGUGUUGUGUGUUUCUAAGAAUGAUUGCUUGAGUUCACGGUGCUGCAACAACUAAUUCACUUUAUAGUCUGAUACUUUACAGUCAUACUAGAGUGUUAUUUCACUGUUCACUCUUCACUGCUGGCAGAUUGGACUUUAUUUAAUGAAUGUGCAGACGAAUCCACUGGGGAAGUCCACCAUUUCUUACUUCUAACAGUGGUGUAUUGUUCACUGUAUAAGUUAUUGUUUUUAGGAGUUAGUAUUCUUUACAGCCACCAGGAGGCACUAUACACUUCCCAUUUUAUUCCACAUGCAGCUUUUCACAAGCCCUGGUGGCUGCAGAGGGACUGAUUCCGUAAAGAUGCAGAUGGAUGGUGAGACUUCCUCAAGUGGCUGCAGCUGUAUGUGUGCACCACUGACACUAAAUAUAAACCAGGGUGUGUGUGUCUGUGUCUGUGUAUGUGUGUGCACGUGUGCUCUGUUCUGAAGUGCUGUGACGAGUUAGUGAAGAUAAACUUUUAGACAAUCUGGUUCCAGGAUCAAGAUUUCAGGUCAGAAACAGAGGUGACAAUGUUUGCUGGUUGUCCCACAAUAAACCCACAGAAGGAAACUG